CUUGGAACUCUAAUGUCAGGUUGACUUUAUCCCUUACAUUGACCAUGGAAUAUUGUGUCUAAGAAACCGCGUCAGAACCAAAUUUGCCGUAAUUAACUGCUCCCUGUUACUUUAAUUUUUCUUCUUGUACCAAAGAACUAAACAGCACACACCACUCAGAAUGUUUUUGGAUAGGAGCAGAAUCUUGAACAAUAACCAAGAAACUAGCAGCGAAAGGAUGUGUCCGUUUAAAAUGAUAUGGACAGCCUAACAUUCCUUCCAAGGUUGAUUAUUCGGGAGCUGGGGUCUCAGACGACUUAUCUUGAACGGAUGUAUCCUUGAAAUUUUGUACCGUAAUGCUAAAUCACAAAGUUGGUUACUGCAGAAUGCAGACAUCUCAGAAUCAUGGGAGUUUAGAUGGGGCCGCCAGAUUCUACCAUCAACCUCCUGAUGAGCUCGAGUCAUAUUUGUUAGCUCCAUCAGAUAAUCUAGAUCACUGCACAAGCUAUGAAGGUGGUAGCCACAGUACACAGUUCUCUGUUCUAACACCUGAACAGCACAGCACCAUUGAAUCAUCCACAGGAAGUGGCUGUUGCCCCUCUUAUAAUUCUCCUUCUACUGUCAGUUUUUCAUCUAAUGGCAGUCCCAUUUGUCAGCGGGAUCAUUUAUCAGAUAUGAAUCAUUCUGGUUACGUUCACUGCUAUUCGGAUUCAAGCAGGUCUCGAUCAGUUGAUAAUGAUAAUGAAUUGGAGCACAAAUUAAGAGAGCUAGAGAAUGUUAUGCUGGGACCUGAAUCUCAAAUUUUUAAUGCCCAAAAUAUUACUAUUUCAGGUGCACUUAAUCAAAAUUCAUUGAAGGCACAGUCGUCCAAGCAAGCAGUAGAGAUGAUCCAGACAAGAAACUUAAAAGAGAUUAUGGUUGCCUGUGCAAAAGCUGUCUCGGAUAAUGAUUUAUUGACUUAUGAGUGGUUGAUGUCAGAAUUACGCUUAAUGGUUUCAGUUUGUGGAGAACCACUGCAGCGGUUAGCAGCCUACAUGUUGGAGGGGUUGGUUGCUAGAUUAUCCUCCUCGGGAAGCUCCAUAUACAAAUCGCUAAGGUGCAAAGAGCCCACCAGUGAUGAGCUCCUGUCACACAUGCACUUUCUCUAUGAAAUCUGUCCUUAUUUCAAAUUUGGAUAUUUGUCGGCAAACGGAGCCAUUGCUGAUGCAAUGAAAGAUGAAAAUAGGAUACAUAUAAUUGAUUUUCAAAUUGCUCAGGGCAUCCAGUGGAUCACUCUGAUCCAUGCUCUUGCUUCUCAGCCUGGUGGACCCCCACACAUCCGCAUUACAGGGAUAGACGAUUCCACAUCAGCUUAUGCCCGAGGAGGUGGGCUUGAAAUUGUGGGUCAGAGGCUAUCAAUUAUAGCAAAAUCAUGUAAAGUACCAUUUGAGUUCCAUGCCGUGCCAGUUUCCGCUUGUAUUGUUCAGAGUGAACAUCUAAAGGUUCAGCCAGGGGAAGCACUUGCUGUAAAUUUCGCACUAAUGCUACACCACAUGCCAGAUGAGAGUGUCACCACUGAAAAUCAUCGUGACAGAUUACUGAGGAUGGUUAAGAGCUUGUCUCCAAAGGUUGUUACUCUAAUAGAGCAAGAAUCAAACACUAAUACUGCCCCAUUCUUUCUCCGAUUUAGGGAGACACUGGACUAUUACCUGGCUAUAUUUGAAUCACUCGACGUAGCUUUGCCUAGGGAUCAGAAGGAACGCAUCAACGUCGAGCAGUUUUGUCUGGCUCGUGAUAUUGUCAACAUAAUAGCAUGUGAAGGGCCAGAUAGAGUGGAACGUCAUGAGCUUCUUGGAAAGUGGAGGUCCCGCUUUUCUAUGGCUGGGUUUACUCCUUACCCAUUGAGCUCCUUUAUAAAUGCUACUAUUAAGACUCUGUUGGAGAACUACUGUGAGAACUACAGACUUGAAGAGAGAGACGGAGCUCUAUAUCUUGGCUGGAAGAAUAAGGAUAUAGUUGCAUCCUGCGCCUGGCAAUAAAAUCCUCAUAUAUGCUAAAGAUUUGUAUUCUAAACGUCAGAUCUUGAAGAGCCACAAAAUUAGACUACUAUAAAGAAGGGAGGUUCAGCACUUGGAUUUCAUAAAAUUAGGUAUUCUAACUUGGAAUACGGCCCGUUCCUACUGAAUCAUACACUUAAUUUUCAACAUCAUCCAUCUUUACAACUCCACCAUCUAUUGUUCGACAAACUAUUAUGGCUCUCCUGACAUUCUCCCCCUUUGUAAUCACUGUUAUAUACUCACUUAGUAUCCCAUUAUCUGCGUUCUGUUGAAUCCCCUUUCUUGUUAUAUUAUGAAGUGUUGAAACCGGAUUGAAUUAAUAUGUAAACAGGGCAAGUGGGAUCUUUGCAAAGAUAAGAUACUGGUUUUAUUUUCAAACCUCUUAUACUGCUCAUAGAAUUUUUUUUUUUUUCACUGUCUAUCCGAACUUUUUCAUACUUCUCAUAAUUGUCCAAUGCAUCAAUCACCUUUAGGACUCUCUUUAUCUUCCUGGAACACUUUGUCGGGUUAGUUUCACUUGUUUGAAAGAUUGUCUCGAUUAUAUUCCUCGAGGGAUCCCCUAUAUCCAGCUCUGUUGUCAU